GUGCCAAAAGGGGAAGUCCUAGAAUCCGGUCUAUAAAUCCAGAGCAUACUUCUUUCCCAAGUCUCCAGCCAGUACGCUUCCAAUAAACUCUCGGACCAUUUCCAGCAGCGCAGAACCGACGGGGUAAAGCUACAAAGUUGAUAUUUGAUAACCAGUUCAAUUGAAUUUCAAAAUGUCGAAGGUAGAUAUAGAUGUUCCUCCGAAGGGUGGUUUUAGUUUCGAUCUCUGCAGAAGAAAUGAAAUGCUACUGCAAAAGGGUAUCAAUGUUCCUUGUUCCUUCCGGAAGACAGGAACGACCAUUGUUGGUCUAAUUUUCCAGGAUGGUGUCAUUCUUGGAGCAGACACUAGAGCCACUGAAGGGCCCAUAGUUGCUGAUAAGAACUGUGAGAAAAUUCAUUAUAUGGCCCCCAACAUAUACUGCUGUGGAGCGGGUACUGCUGCUGAUACAGAGGCUGUGACAGACAUGGUGAGCUCCCAGUUGCAUCUACACCGCUAUCACACAGGUCGGGAGUCGAGGGUCGUUACAGCUCUUAGCCUUCUAAAGACUCACCUUUUCAAUUACCAAGGGCAUGUGAGUGCUGCUUUGGUACUUGGUGGAGUUGAUGUCACAGGGCCACAUUUGCACACAAUCUAUCCACAUGGAUCAACUGACACUCUGGCAUUUGCAACAAUGGGUUCUGGAUCCUUGGCAGCCAUGGCUGUCUUCGAAUCGAAGUACAAGGAAGGCCUGACUAGGGAUGAAGGAAUACAGCUUGUGUCUGAGGCUGUAUGUUCUGGAAUUUUCAAUGAUUUGGGAAGUGGGAGCAAUGUUGAUGUUUGUGUGAUAACUAAGGGACACACGGAGUAUCUGAGAAACCACCAGAAGCCAAAUCCUCGGACAUAUAUCAGUUCAAAAGGCUUUUCUUUUCUCAAGGGUCAGACUGAGGUUUUAACAACAAAAAUCACUCCAUUGAAAGAGAAAGUGGAAGUAAUUGAAGGAGGUGAUGCAAUGGAGGAGUGAGACAUACUGCCUGGGCAGAGGCAGACAAUUGCUGACAAUUUCGUGGAAGCAGUAAAAGAUUGAUUUGUAUUAAAUUAGUGUGCUUCUGAUGACGAUAAGAUGCAAUACCAAUGUACUUGUUACCACCAGGUCAUACUGGACGUGAGGACCAAAAGUUUUUUAAUUGUAUCUUUCCAUUGCUUUCCAUGAGGCCUGCAAGUACCAGUGGCUUGUCGCAGUAGUUGGAUUUUAGGUCCCAGGGGAAAAACUCAUAAAAUUCAGUUUAAUUUUAGCAAGGUUUCUCGUGAUUUGGUGA